AUCAUUAAUGUUUAGUGUUGCGCAGCGACAACAAGGUGUUAAAGUGAUAUCUCAAAUUUUUGUGUAAAAAGUGUUCAAAUGAAGCGUAAAGCGAAAGAAGACCUUAAGAGGAAAGCAAAGAAGCGAUUGCUUGAAGAUUUAAGGAGGAAAAUGGAAAAAUUUGAGAGGUUUAUGGAGAGUUCCACUUCAAGUGAAUACUCUGAUUCCACAGAUUCAGGGUCAGAGUCAGAUCAUUCUCCCGGGAAUGAUGACGAGCCUCAGGAAAGGGUAGAAAAGGAUUUAACCCUAAGCGUAAUUUUGGGAGAGGACCCAAAAAUUAUUGGGGAGAAAGGCCCUCCAUUAUGCGAAGCUUUAGUAAAUCGAUGGUCAGCGAGAGAGACCUCAGCUACCUGAGCGAGGGACUAGAAAAGGAUAUCAGAGAGGCGCUUACUGAAAAAUAUAAAACGCCCGAUAACGGCCAGUUUCUAGAAGCUCCGAAAUUAAACCCCGAGAUUGAAAUAUCUCUGUCUCCAGCUCAAAUUAAAAGGGACCAGUUUUCCAUGAGCAUUCAAAACAAGCUAGGAAGAGCUCUGGCAGCACAAGGUUCUGUUUUAAAUAUUAUUUUAUCAAAAGACGCAGCUCCGCAUACGAUUGACGAUAAUACAAAAACAGCCUUAGCUGAUGCAGCUAAAUUGAUUUGUGAAGCACAUUACCUCAUAUCCUACCACCGGAAACAUGAACUAUAUACCUUUUUAAACGCCGAUGUUCAGAAGGUAGCUAUGAAAUCCCAGAUUGACUCAUUACUAUUUGGGGAGAACUUCCAAGAAAAAUAUAAAGCUGCAAAAGAGGUUAAGAGAACGGCUUUAGAUUUAAAAGCGGGUCCUUCAGGGAAUAAGCAAGAAAAGAAGGAUCAUUUAAACUACAAGCGCCAAAGCAACAGACCCAGGUUCAAGACAGAGAAGUACGACAGGAGGAAGAGGGCGAGACAACCAGAGUGGCAGACGGAGAAGCAGCCACAGUGGACUCGGGGCAAGCAGUCCAACCAAAAGCAGCGUUGGUCGGGGAAAUACCACAACUAGAGGGAGAGCCAUCCGAUUUGGGAACGUCUUACCCUGGUUGCAGGGAGGCUAUCAGGGAAUCCUAUACGAAGAGAGGCCUACCAGAAGACUGCAUACCCACCAUGUUAGCUUCGAUAAGUAACAGCACAAUUAAACAAUAUAACGUGU